AUGACGACACGCCUCGUGUCGACUUCGGGGCGACCGGUGCAUCCGGGCGACAUCUGUCCCAUCCGCUCGACGCAGCGCAGCCAGCCGUCUUGCCCGCUGCCGCUGUUUCCGGCGAUGCCUUUUCUGCUGCAUCCGCAUCGUCCGCUUCUCUUCUGGUGCACAGCGACCCAGCUGCAUGCGUACGACUUUGCCCGCGACGCGUGGCCCCUCUCUGAGGCGGCGGAGGCAGGCAGAAACCACGAACUGCCGGUGACCGCGGCGGACUGCGUCUGCCAGGGCUGCGGCGCCACAAGCUCCGGCCUCCGCCUCGCGGGUCGGCGCGCACCCGAGACGCCCAGAUGUGCGCAGCCGGCGACGCUCGCUGGCGCCUCCGGCGCAGACUCGAAGAGCCGCUGCCUGUGGGUCACCGCGGGCGACGAUAAGUACGUGCAUCUCCUUUCUGACGGCGAGUUUUGCCUGCUGCAGAAACGGCAACAACGCAAGAAACUGAGCGCGGCGGUCUUCCUUCCGCCCGCGUCGUCGGCCUCGGCGCCCGAGGCGGCUGCAGCGCCGGCGGCGAGCGAGGCUUGGCCGCUUCUUCUCGCGGAUAAAUUUGGAGACGUCUACCGCCUCGCGGACUGCUCGCGCAUGUCGGCGGCUCAGGAGCUCGCGGGCGACCGCCUCGUCAAGCGCAUGAAGUCGAUUGCGAGCGUUCACGGCUUACGGACGCGGCAGGGUGAAGCGGAGAACUGCGACGUUGCCGGGGACGGCGCUGCAGAGAAGCAGGAGGCUUCCACGCCAGGCAGUGCCGCAGCGGCUGCGGCCAGCUCCUGCAGUGGAGACACAGAGGCUGAGAAUCCUCUGGCUGAGGGAGAGAGCGGUGGAAGAAGCGAAGGUGCCCCCGCUGCUCAGGCGACUCGGCCGGCGCAGGCGGUCGAAGAUCGCGGCGACGAGGAGGGCGACGAGGAGGCCGAUGGGGAGGAAGGCGACAUUCCGAUCAUCUCGCAUCUGACCACAGUCACGGUGCUCAAGGUCGUGCAUCUGUCGGCGAAGGCCCGCUCGAGUCCCCAGGCUGGAUGCACCCAGACUCACACGCUGCUCAUCACCGCCGACCGCGAUGAGAAAAUCCGCAUCUGCUUUCUGGACCAGCCCUGGAGCGUGGAGAGCUUCUUCCUUGGCCACGGGGACUUCGUCACCGACGUUGUCGUGCUCGCUGACGGCCUGCCUGCGUCGUCGCCGGCGCGCGCGGCGGCAGACGGGCGCGAGGAGGAGCGCGCCGCCGCCGCUGGAGACGACGCAGAGGGCCGCCAGCAGCGCGAGGCUCUUCUGGAGGGUCAGGUCGCUGCGUCUUGCGCGGCGGACGGGACUGUGAAGCUCUGGAAGCUGAAGGACGGAAGUCUGCUCUGCGAGAACGCGGAAGUCCUUCUGCAGCCUCGCGACCUCUUCGACUCGAGCGCACUCGCCCUCGUGGUCGCCCGCUCGGCGGCAGGGCGUGUGCACGACGUCGAGGGAGAGGCGUCGGCGAGGGGAGGGCCUGCGGAGGAAGCGGCGUGGGACAAGUCGUCCGGAAAUCGCCCGCAUGUCCUGCCCACCGGCGUGGAUGCCGGCGUCCUCUUGCCCGCCUCGCUGGUGUACGACCCCGAGCAGUCCCUGUUGACUGUCAACUGUCUGGGCCUCCAGGGGCUGCUGCUCUUUCCCCUGGGUACCUCGGCCGCGGCGGCCGCGACUGGCAUGCUAGGGAAGAAGCCGUUUUUCCUGCCUUUGCCUGCGGUGCCCUCCGCCACCCUCCUCGUGCGUCACUCGGCGGAGGAGAUCGAGGGCGCACCAGCGCUCAACGCGGCCGCGCCUGUCCUCCGCGCGUUCAGGUCCUCUCCCCACGGGGACGCUCCGCAGACUCUGUCCUCCGCCGACUGUCCGGAAGUGCCCUUCGUCUGGUGGAUUGACGAGGCAGGCCGGCUGCGGCCGCCUGUGGCAGUGUCUCUCCCUCUCUUGGCUUUUGCCUCCGGAGCCCAGAAGGAGGUGCCCUGCUCGCCGCAAGUUCUUCCGUACCUCUGCGGGAACGCAAACGACGCUUGCUUCCCAGCCCCCGGCGACGACGCCCGGCCGAACUACCUGUACCUGUGGAAAAGCACGCGGUCGCCAACGUGCCCCACCGACGAGGAGAGACGCGCGAAGCGACUGCGGCAUAAGCAUCUCCAGCAGCAACAGCAACAAGAAAUGCAUGAACGCUUGAAGAACCACACCAGCCGGGAGGCGUCCGCGGACAUCCGUGCCAAAAGUUGA